UUUGUUUUGUCUUACUAACUGUUGUGUUUUCAUUGACUAGUUUUUUUAUAAUCUAGUGUCAUUAUUUGUUUAAAUUAUUUUUCAAUUAUUUUUGUUAAGGUACAAAAAUUUUAAUCAAUCAACACGGCUUCCAAUAGUUCAACAUCACCUUCUGGCAUGUCUAAUACCAGAAAAGGAAAGGGUCGUGGAUUCGCUAAAAAACGAGCUCAUCGGGCAACUAGCAAUGUUUUUGCUAUGUUUGACCAAGCCCAAAUUCAAGAAUUUAAAGAGGCUUUUAAUAUGAUUGAUCAAAAUCGUGAUGGAUUUAUUGAUAAAGAUGAUCUACAAGAGAUGUUAGCUUCUUUGGGUAAAAAUCCAGAUGAAAAUUAUUUGGAAGGAAUGAUGAGUGAAGCUCCUGGUCCAAUAAAUUUUACCAUGUUUUUAACGUUAUUCGGUGAGAAACUCCAAGGUACAGAUCCUGAAGAUGUGAUAAAAAAUGCUUUUGCAUGUUUUGAUGAAGAUAACAAUGGUUUGAUCCAUGAAGAAAAACUAAGAGAGUUGUUAACUACAAUUGGUGAUCGUUUCAAUGAUGAAGAUGUCGAUGAAAUGUAUAGAGAAGCUCCAAUCGAUGAAGGUGGAAUGUUCAACUAUACUGAAUUUACAAAAAUCCUUAAACAUGGUGCUAAAGAUAAAGAUGAUCAAUAACGAACCAACGAUGAUGACAUAAGCAAAAAUUAUCUAUUCAUUGAUUUAUAAAACAUUUUACAAUACUAUACUUUUAUUACCACUAUUUAUACCAUUUAUACCAACAUUAAUUACCACUAAUAUUGAAUUCAGUCUGUACAAUGAUAAUCAAGAACAAUUGUAUCCAUUUAAUUAUAGACUUUGAUUAUUUUGGGUAAUUCAAUUAUUA